GUGACACGUCAGGCCUAAUCACGGCGAAGCCAAGCCAAGCACCCAAACCAAACCGGCGAACGCAAGAAUAGGCUCGACGGAGAAGAAUUCCGUCGAGAAAUCAACGGAAGUUUGCGCGGAGCGAGGUUUGCGAUGGCGGGGGAGGCGAGGCCGGACGCGCAGCUCUUCCAGCUCCUCUCCGACCUUCUGCAGCAGGUGGAGUCAAUGAGCAACCAGGAAGAGGUAGAACUGAGAGCAAAGAUUGAAGCACUAGGCCUAGAAGUGACCAAGGUUCCACAGCAGGCACCUAAGCAACUUGAUGAGUUGGAGAUAGCUGCAGAGCUGGACAGACUGUCAGCAAGGCUCGAGAAUGUUGACAAGAUGAUAUCUUCUGCCAUGACAUCUGAUCCAGAGGUGAAAUCGCUUCUGAGCAGCACCGCCGAUGUAUGGAUGCCCGUCAUCACCGCAUCUGCUGAUGAAAGGCGAGGGUUUGCAGGAACAAGCGCCGACCUGGAAGAGCAGGAGAAAUCCAAGUAAUAGCUUGGACUGAAACCCUGUAUUUCUUCGCGUCAGCAUUCUUCUACAUGUUCCCUCCAGCUUUGUAUCUAAGGUUCUCUUUGGGGCCAAAACAGAGAAUAAACACACAUCACAGCUCUGUAUCAAAGGUUUAUUUGUGCAGAAGAGAGAAUAAUCACACAUGUUGUUGAUGUACUAUACUAAUUUUUUUUAGAUCAGUGAGGUAAUAAAAUCUGUCAAGCAUUGUUUGGUUUCAA